UGUUGAUGUGGUCGUGGGUGCGGAACGGGAUGAGUGCCAUAAUUUCUGUUGUGCUGCUGCUGGUGUUCCUUGGUGGAUCAGGAUCUCUGGUCUCGGCUGGCAACGUGCUGGUUGUGUUUCCAUUUUAUGGAUUCAGUCACUUUAAAGUGCUGAUGCCCAUACUGAAUGAGUUGUCCAGCCGUGGUCACAAUUUGACAGUGAUAUCCUUUGUGAAGAAUCCGCAUGCCGACGAUUUUCCCAAUUAUGAGGAGUUAUUGAUCUCGGCACCGGAUAAGGAUCAAUCGAACACCACAAUCAAUCUGGUGCCCUUGACCAAGUAUAUUCCAACAAGAAAUCUGGAAGCCUUCUAUACAGAGUACAGAGAUCUAUAUAGAAUUGGCCAGAACACCUGCGAUCAGCUGUAUUCCAGUGGACAUGUGGAGACGGUGCUCAAGCGCCACCAGGAGAUCCCCUAUGACCUAUUGCUGACCGAGUUGUUCAACACGGACUGUCCCCUGGCAAUAGCCAAAGUGUUGAAUCUACCCAUCAUCGGGCUGAGUACCAGUGCUCUGAUGCCUUACUACUACGAUCGGAUCGAUCUCCCAGAUACACCCUCGUUUGUUCAGUCCGAGUAUAUUGGCUAUGCCGAACCCUUGAGCUGGACCGAUCGUUUGUUUAACUUUUGCCAGGCCAAGUUACUGAAACUACUCUACAGAUAUCAUUCCAAUCGCAAGGACAACGCGGUGGUCAAGAAGUAUCUUAAUAUCGACGUAGACGUGGACGAAGUGGCCCGCACCCAGACCGCUUUUGUAUUGGUGAAUCAGCAUUUCUCCCUCAUGGGCAGUCGUCCUCAGACCCGACAAUUUGUCGAAGUGGGCGGAGUGCAUAUAACGUCGCAGGCCAAACAGGAGAUACCCAAGAAGAUAGCCCAGUUUCUGGAUCAAUCGGACCAGGGUAUAAUAUUCAUCAGUUGGGGCUCCAUGGUUAGAGCCUCUAGCAUGGACCCAGAGAAAUUGGAGGCCAUAAUCAAGGUGCUGGAACAGCAGCCCCUGCGAGUGAUCUUCAAGUGGGAAGGUGACGUAGCCCCUCAGGUCGAUACCAAGAAAUUCUUACUCGUCAAGUGGGCACCUCAAUUGGCCUUGUUAUGCCAUCCCAAGGUUGAGCUCUUCUGGACACAUGGCGGACUUUUGGGCACCACCGAAGCAGUCCACUGUGGCACCAAGAUGCUGGUGACCCCCAUCUAUGGAGAUCAGUAUUUGAAUGCCUAUGCCGUGCAGAAUCGUGGAAUGGGCCUGAAACUCGACUAUCACGACAUCAAUGUCCAGACCCUGAGCGAUGCCCUCAAAGAGCUGAGCAAACCAAGCUAUGCUGUGCGUGCCCGCAAAAUAUCACAGAUAUUCGAACAGCGUGAACGAUCUCCUCUGGAGUCGGCCGUGUGGAGUGUUGAAUAUGUCAUAGAACAUGGCCUUUUGGCUGCCGAGAUCCUGCAAUCGCCGGGAAUCAAGCUCAAUUGGUUUGUCUAUCAUUCGUUGGAUAGUCUAACCGUCAUACUGAUUGUCAUUGCCAUCCUGAUGACCAGUUCGAGCUUCAUUUGUCGGGGAAAACUAUCGGAUGCCCUUAAACUUCAAGGCAAACGUCAUAAACGGAAAUUGCAUUGACAUUGACUUUCAAUUCAAUAUUGUUAUAGUGACUAAUUCCAGAAAUGAAUCAAAUAGUUUACAACUCUACAUUUUUACAUUA